AUGGAACAGUUUGGGCUUGAUUAUGGUGACGACGGAGGCAGUAUAAGUUCAGGUGCAAUUGUUGACGAAGUAGAUAAGAAUAUGCUUAAACAAAAGCAUUGUGUAUUUUGUGGAGCCGAUUUCCAACAACCAGGAUCUUUAGGACGUCAUUUAGAUCGGAAAAAAGGUGACAAUCUACAUCCAUCAGACAAAAUAGAUCAAUUACGUCAGAACGUUACUCGGAGGAAAAAACCGUCAGGAUCUGAUGAUGAUUUGGUGAAGCAAGUCAAUAAAAGAAUCAAAAAGCAAGAAAUUGCUAAACGAUAUAACCUGAAAGAUGAUGUUCGAGAGAGAAAUAGGUUAAGAAGGAAGAUGAGAGAUCGCCAAAUCAAAUCUCGAUUAUCAGUGCUUGAAGAUUUCCAGAAUGGAUUCGGUGAUCAUUCAGAUAUUUCCAACUUUGGCCAUUUUGUAUGUAUGUUCUUACCUGUAGGUCAAUGGCCCGAUACACCUCCUGACGGGAAUUUACGAGAUAUAGUAGUGGAUGGAGUGAAAAGAUAUAAACACCCCCUUUGGACAGAGGAUAAAGUAUACGAAGCUUUUGAACGAUGGGAGAAGUUACCUCAUGAUAUGAAGCAAACAGUUUGGCAACAAGAAUGUAAACAAAGUUUAGACCAAACACUAAAGAAUGUAACUCUUUACGAUAUCCAAAACAGGAAAGAGAUCUUCCAAUUACAACAACAGAAACUUGUGGAUGAUUAUUCUAAAGAGGAUUACAUUGAUUACGAUUUUAACGACUUAGAUGACUUUAAUGAAGUAAAUUAA